UCUCGAUGGUUUCUUCCAAACAUAGAGCCCUUCAUUCGCGUCCUCAGUGACAUCACGAGGCGGAAGCCGGAAGUAUUCGAUGUUUACCGAGACGACGAGAAGAUGGCGGCGAUUGUGGAUGAAGGAGUCUCUGCGGAUGGGACGAUGGUCUCCAACACUUCAGACAGUUUGAUGACAGCUGAAGAAGCUGCAGCCCAAAAGAGAGAAGAACGGCUUAGAAAAUUCCGAGAGCUUCAUUUGAAAAGGAAUGAAGCCCGUAAGCAAAAUCAUCAGGAAGUUGUGGAAGAAGAUAAAAGGCUGAAGUUACCAACCAACUGGGAAGCAAAAAAGGCUCGCUUAGAAUGGGAACUCAAAGUGGAAGAAAAGAAAAAGGAAUGCCUGCAGAAAGGGGAAGAUUAUGAGAGAGUAAAGCUACUAGAAGUAAGUGCAGAAGAUGCAGAACGCUUUGAGAGGAAAAGGAAGAAGAGAAAUCCUGAUCUUGGGUUUUCAGACUAUGCAGCUGCUCAAUUACGCCAGUAUCAGCGGUUGACCAAGCAAAUUAAACCUGACCUGGAAAAGUAUGAAAAAUUAAGAGCAGAAAGUGGUGAAGAUUUUUUUCCAACUUCAAAUAGUUUACUCCAUGGAUCUCACGUGCCCUCCAAAGAAGGUGUUGACAAAAUGGUUUCAGAUCUUGAAAAACAAAUUCAAAAACGUGAAAAAUACAGCCGGAGACGUUCUUACAAUGACGAUGCAGAUAUCGACUACAUUAAUGAGCGGAAUGCCAAGUUCAAUAAAAAGGCUGAGAGGUUCUACGGGAAAUACACUGCAGAAAUUAAACAGAAUUUGGAAAGAGGAACAGCUGUGUAGACCAAAAAUUUCAGGAGGCUGGCCUUGCUUACCGAGUUUGGCUUCUUUAAUACCUUCAUAUGUAAAAUACGCUUUGCAAACGUGUUCUAAUACUAAAAUGAAAUUUGUCCAUGUAUAGUACUUCUCUCAAAGAAGGCUGUUAGAAAAGUUUUAACUAUUAUGUAAUUGUAGAAAACCAAAGUAUUUGAAGUUAUGAUUGGUGAGCCAAUUAUUUGUUUAAUGAAAAAAUUGAGUCACAAAUUGUUUUUAAAUGUACGUGUUUAUCUGAAAACCAUUACGAUUUUAUUAGUUGAUAUGUUGAUAUUGGUAGUUUGAUUAAACUAAGAGCCAUGGAAUAUAAAGCUGUUUUUAAAACA